AUGAGGCAAAUAGAGAUGUUUGCAGAUGAUGAUGAUUGCAGCAGCACAGCUUCUUCUGACACUACUUCAAAGUCUGUAGAGUCUCUACCGACAUUACUUCAACAAUCAGAAUUUUGUAGCACUUCUGAGUAUAGUGGAGAAGGGAUAUUUGGACUUGCAGAUGGAAAUGGAGUUGUUAUAGCUGAUGUAGAAAAAUUGGAGGCAGAAAUUCAAAAUGCUGGUGUUUGUCGUGACAGUGGACAGCAAUAUGGAAUGUAUGCAAUACAUGUUACAAGACACAGAACAAUUGGGGAACCAGAAAUUUGGGUUGUGCCUCGUCGCUAUAGCGAUUUUCAUGACUUGCAGUUAGUUCUAAAGCAAACUUGUCACGUAACUGAUGUUCAUCUUCCUGGGAAAAGGGCCUUUACUAGAUUGAAUCGUAGCUUCUUAGAGAAGAGGAGAAAGCAACUAAAUGACUAUUUACAGGUGAUUCUGGAUGCUGAGUUUCAAGCUGCACAUGUGGGAGCGUCAGAUGUAAUAAUGACAUUUCUUAGUAGAGGAGAAUAUUUGAAGGUAAAGGGAGAACUGGCACGCAAGGUUGACUCAUUUGUCAGUCCACUGCGGCAUUCUGUGCGUACAAUGUCACAGACUGUCAAGGCUAUGCCAAGUAAAGUGGAGACUGGAAUAGAUGCUGUCUCUCGUGCUCUGAAGCCAGGAACUUCCCCUCGUCAUGAUCGACAUAAUGCAACUGCAAGUGAAAUAGGUGAUGAGUUGAAGCUAAAAGCAAGUUUGCUGGACAGUGACGACACAGAUGAUAACAUUCCUCUUCGUAUUCUUUUGCUUUUGAUGGAUGAAGUGUUUGAUCUGAAGACAAGGAGUCAAUGGCUAAGACGGCGAAUUAUCAGUUUGCUGAAAGAAAUCAUCAAGGCAACGUUUGGGGAUCGGAUCAAUAAAAAAAUCAUUAAGAAGGUUGAGACGCUUACUUCAUCUGAACAAAUUUCAGAAUUUGUUCGAGAUCUAAAGGAUUCUAUGUGGCCAGAUGGAGUAUGGAGAACUGACAUUCCUGAGAGAGAUGCAGGUACUAAAGCCCGAACACGUGUUGCUGCAAAGGCAAAGAUGCUAGGCACUGUUCCUGAUGACUUGAAACGAUUCAUAGGAGCAGACACAGCAAGAGAUGGUGUGUGCAGAGUGUUUGACAUGUUUCAACACUCUCAACUCAACAAGCGUCUUGUCUAUGUUGUUUUGGAAGAUCUACUUGUCACUGUCUUUCCAGACAAUAAGUUUCCAAAAGUGUUUCAGCGUUUGCACUCUUUAAAAUCAUAGCAGACUGGCUAAAGGACACGUAUAAUGCAAACUUGAAAGAGCAAUUUGAAUGUGGUAAUCAGAGACUUAUUUCAACAUUGUUUGGGGUUUUAGUGAACAUAAAUAUUCUGUGAAAGCAAUGAAUUCAAGUUCUUUAGAUGUUGAUAAGUAUAAUAAACUGUGUGCCAUUGUAUUUCUGAAGUUUUCAACAUUAUGCGAACUUAAGUAAUGACAGAGACCGGAGAAGGCAGAAGAGAGGGGAGGGAGAGGAGAAUAGAGGGAGGGGAGAGUGGAGAGGAGAGGAGAGGAGAGGAGAGGAGAGAGGAGAGGAGAGUGGGGGGAAGAGAGUAGAGGAAGAGGAGAGUGGAGAAAGGAGAGGGGAAGUUAGAAGGGAAUUAGGAAGGUAGAAAAGAAGAAGGGAGGUAAAAAGGGGAGAAGAGAAAAGAAGAGGGAAAACCGAGAUGACGUGAGAAGAGAGGGGAGGACAGACAUGUGUUGAGAGACGCGGCUUGUGGAACAGUAUUCUAGGUAUCCUAGGUCAUCACUGGUAUCUUGCAACGCAAGGUAAGACGUACAGAGUGUAGUUACCACGUUAUAUAUAUAUAUAUAUA